GCCUUGAAGCGGUCCCGACCGCGUCCCCGCGCAGAUCCGCGUCAGUGAGGCUGGGACCACAGAGCAGCGCGGACCACCACGUCGCUCCAAUGACGUCAUCGCUGCUCGCCACGGCUCUGCUCGUCGCCGCGGUCACGGCCGCGACCUCAGCGGGAGGUCCCGAUAAGUCGGGAAGUGCCAUGUCCUCACAAUGUUCAGCGGCCGCCGGAACACGUGGCCAGGGCGACUCGCUGGCACCGGGAGAAAGAGUGAAGUGUGUACAGGCAUUGCAUGAAAUAUAUGCAUCUCAUCUGAUCCGGGGUCGGAAAAGAUAAAAGAUACUAACAUCGAUUGGGCAUAAGAUGAGCUCUGUUGGCGACUACGAGUCCUGCCCUGACGCUGGUGAACGUCACUGUCAUGGGGACGCGCCUUUUCACGCACCUCGGUUUUGAGCUGACGUGUCCAACUGACAGCAGAAAGAGUUCCUCCAUCAUGAUUUGGCGACUGUCGCCCACCGACAAGACAAUCCGCUGGAGCGCCUUCUGGGACGGCAACGCACCGCCGAGCGACCCCAACCUGCCGAGCGAGGAUGGCGGCGGGCCUUACCCGGAGCAGGAGUUCCCCGGCGGCGAGCACACGUUCGUGGUGGAGCGGCGGCCGGCCGCUGGGGGCGUGCCGGACCACAUGGCGCUGUGGCUGCAGGAGCGGCCCGACCGCGUGGCCAGGGUGCGCGUGCAGGAGGGCUGCGACCGCCUCAGGACCACCACCUUCAUCGGCUCCAUCUCCCCGAAGUUCUACAACUCGGGAGGGGUCUGCGGGCACCAGGGCAUGGUGCUGCCCCCCGGCAGCAAGGUGCGCGUCGGCGUGGACGUGCAGAGUACCGACCUGGGCUUCCAGCUGGUGAUGCGGCGCCCCCAGGACGCCGCCGAGGCGAGCAGCGCGGUCGCCGUAACGGGCAUCGCGGAUGACCGCCGCGCGUGGGGCUACUUGGCCAGGGGGCCGGACGGCCAAGUCGUCAGCAGCGCGUACCUGCCCAGUUACCGAGACCCCUUCGGCCAGCCGCAGUUGACGCCCCGCCUGCCGGACGGCGAGCACGUCUUCGUGGUGGAGCGCCGGCCGGCCGAGAUGGCCGUGUGGCUCGAGGCGCGCCCCAACCUGGUGGUCACGGCGCCCGUGCUGCAGGGCGAGCCGCUCCACCUCGAGCUGCACGCCGCCCUCAACCGCGUGCUGUACGACAAGGCGUGACCAGAGCCACGGCCGGCGGCUGGAACUGGGGUUCCCAGCAGUUCGUGAUGGUGGUUCGAAACGGACAAAAGUUUUCAGCCAUCGGCAGAUUGGUUCCAGAAGUGUAUUUGAUCCGCUAUCGUAUAUCUUGUGAGCGGAAAUAUGGUCUAAAUAUGAAAUUACAUAUCCAGUGCAAAAAAGAAA